AUGUCUGGUUCUAAUUCCAGUGAAUUUGAAAAUGAAACCACUAGUGGGAAUAGUAAUUCAGAAUAUGAUUAUGAUACAAGUUUUGAUAAAGGAUCAAGUAAUAUGUUUAAUGAAAUAGAAAAAGUUUCUGAUGAUUUACCAACAUAUCAAAGAUUUAUGUUAUCAUUAGAUGAAUGUGGUAGAAUUUUUGGUCCACAAGGUCAAUAUUUAAGAAAAAUUAAACAAGAUAAUCAUGUUAAAAUUGAUGUUACAGAAAAACAAAUUGGUUGUUCAGAUAGAAUUCUUACAUGUGCAGGAACUAUUCAAAAUAUCAGUCAAGCAAUGACAGACAUUGUAACAUUAUUAAUAAGUAAUCAACCAAUUGAAAUUAAAAAAUAUCCAUUUUAUUUUUUAAAUUCUUUUUUACCACCACCUGAAUUAACGGAUUUUAAUUCAAUAUCAUCAUUAAAUGAAAUUUAUAAUAUUAGAGUAAUUUUAACUAAUACACAAAUUUCUUCAAUCAUUGGUAAACAAGGUCGUACUAUAAGACAUUUAAUUGAUUCAAAUGAUGUUAAAAUUGUUGCAUCACGUAAUUUUUUACCUGAUUCAGAUGAAAGAAUUCUUCAAAUACAAGGUCCUGCACAGGCAAUUGGUUCAACAAUUGAUGAUAUUGCUAAAACAUUAAAUGCAGAAAUUAAUAUUGAUCAAAUUACUGAAAGACAUUAUUUCCCACAUGUAUUAACAACAACUGAACAUAAGACAACAAUUCGUUCAUCGACCAACACAAGUAAUAUACAAAGAAGAUCUGAAAGAGUUCAUGAAGGUCAAUUUCAAGCCACUGUAUUAGUACCAGAUUCUUUAGUUGGUGCAAUGAUGGGUACAAGAGGUAAUAGAAUUUCAAAUUUAAGAAAAUUUACACAUACAAGGAUUGAUACAGGUAAAAUGGAUGAUUUAGAAUCAAAUUAUGUUGAUUCCACUAAUGAAACGUUUAGAAAAUUUAUAAUUAGUGGUGAUAAUAUGGACAAUGUUAAAAAAGCUGAAAGUUUAUUAAAUUCAAAUUUAGAAAAUGAAAUUAAAAGACGUGAAGAAGCUGAAAUUAAUGAUAAUUAA